CGGGCCAGGCCACCGCGCACCGGAUGCUGGGGGUGGGGAGGGUGAGGAAGGUGGCCCGGACGGUCGAGAUGCCGGGUGCGUGAGAACAGGGCGCUCCCAGGGUGACAGUUCUCCGCGCCCGUGCGCUGAACUGGCAGAGGCCAAGGGGCCGGAAGGCGCCGGAUUGUUGGGAAGGUAGGAGAAGAUAGGGUCUCUGCCCAGCGCGUUCAGCUCGGUGGUGGCCGAACUGCAAACAGUGGCUCAGCGUCCUGGAUGGUCUAAACCUGAGAUCGAGUCAGCCGCGGAAGACAGAAAGAUUUACAGCCAGGUGCCAGUCCUAGUUGAGGUGUCUAAGUUCAAUGAAGACACAGCCUUAUCUCCAGCUGCCCUGUUAGUCUCUCAGGGCCUGAGACGCUGCCCUUCACCUUGUGGCUGAGGACUCCACACCUGUCCUGCUGAGCGAACCCGGAGUGUCAUUAACACCUAGGGAGAACUAGGAGCCGCGGGUCAAGAGCCCCGUGGGGGCGCGGGGCAGCAGCGUAAAGCUGGAACUGUCAGGGAACAUGAGCGAAUUUUGGCACAAACUGGGCUGCUGUGUGGUAGAGAAACCCCAGCCGAAGAAGAAGAGAAGACGAAUUGACAGGACCAUGAUUGGAGAACCCAUGAAUUUUGUCCACCUGACUCACAUUGGCUCCGGCGAGAUGGGAGCAGGAGAUGGACUGGCCAUGACAGGUGCAGUUCAGGAGCAGAUGAGAUCCAAGGGAAACCGGGAUAGGCCAUGGAGCAAUUCCAGGGGCUUGUAGCUCCCACAGGAGCGGUUCUGCAUCUUGAAGCCCCCACUCUGUGUCCAGCCCAGAAGAAAUGCUGC